AUGGCCAGAUCAGCCUUUGCUUCUCCCUUCCGAUACCUUUCGGGUCUGCUGAGUUCGCCAAGGGCUGCUCUGUCCCGUUCUGACAACCCCCAAACCCCAGCCCAACGAGAUGACCCAGGCUAUACCCCGAGUCCUGAAAUGCGUGCAGGAUCCUAUGACUCUGUCGAUUACGGCAAGGGCAAAAGGAAGGCUACAGAAGAGCAUCACUCGGGGCCGACUACCAAGAAACGCGCGUUAAGCAGGGACCGGGACGCUUUCAUACCGUACCCAAAUGAGAUGGAUUUGGAUCAGAGCCCUUCCGUGUUCAGCAAAGGGAACAGGACGAAGGCGGAGCUGGACCGGACCUUGAUGCCGCCUCCAGCAACUCCUCGCAAUCGGACGACGCCUGUGCUCACACGGCGUGUCGACACUAAUGCCGUGCAGGACUCACAUAUGACAAUCUAUGAAGAUGAUUCCAUCUCGUUCGUGUCAUCUGCAUUGGCACGGCGAAAGGGGGAUUCAUUAGAUGCCGACGCGAUGGAGGAAGCGAGACGCCAUGCUGCUGCGGUGACUUUACCUGCCAACUCAGGGCUCUGGUCCCAGACAGAACGCGAGUUAUUUUUCCACCUCGCCUACCGGGGUUUCGAAGCCCUCCUUCCUCAGAACUGGAUGAUCGACUUUGACACAUUACCCAUCAGUGUUUUUGCCCACGAGAACUCGGUAGACCCGCCACUCAUCCAAAACAUCCGAGACAAUCAGUUCAGGGCGAGCCACGCUCUCCGUCGACUCUUCGAGGCUGGUCAUGACAUUCGAGACAGAACCCACGUCAGUCCGGGAAUAUCAAGAGAAAGGAUCCUCGAGCAGUCCGUGAAAAGGUAUCUCUACUGGGCUUUGACGGACGUCGGACUUCGCCCAGCAUCAAAGACCAACUACAUUCCAGUCCACGUUGUCGUCGCAAGGAAGAAAGGUCGAUCCACGCUACAAACUCUUGAGGAGAUUGCGAACAAGCUACAAAGGCUUUCGCAGCGACAUCAAAGAGCUCAUAAUAUUCAUCCAAGCAUCGAGACCAGUAGCCCAGGCCUCUGCAACCCGGCGGAAACCCGGGUAGUUGACGAUGACGCGGUGUCACCUACCCUCAUCGGUUUCGUGAUUAUCUCAUCGGUCCUUGUCGUUGUCACACUCAGCUCCUCCCCGACGUCUACAUCGGAGAGUCAAACAAAGCAAACAGCUUCACCUCUCUUCACCGGACAUUCACUUCGAGGAGACGGCGUGAAGACGAGCGUCAACCCCGACCGACUCCGCAUCAUUGCCGAAUUGGAUUUCAGCCAGAGAGAUCAAGAUGUAUGGAACGCGCUAGGCGUGGCGAUUGUGGCGAUGCAGGUACGCAGAGAGGCUCUUAAAGCGAAUCACGGGUUUACACCUGAUGAAUUGGCUGGGAUUGAUUGGGAUGUCAUGUCGGAGGAGGCCGAUUCCAGGCACCAGAACCAGGAUGAGUUUGAGGGAACGAGUACUUUGUCCAGGUUACAGUCGGUUGAUGAUGACCCUGACCUCUGA